AUGAAUACCAAAAAAGAAUUCAGGAGAAGAAAGACUAGAAAUACUUCAACAUAUGGACUUCAAUAUGACAACUGGAAGAAAAAUGUUACUAGUCAGAUUGAUUUUAAACUUAAUGAUGCUUAUAUAGAAAGAGAUCCGGGCAAAAAAAGAGGAAUUUGUGAAGACUUCAAUGCCUAUGCAGAUGAAAAAAAACAAGAGUUUAUGGACGAAAAAUGUAAAUCACUAAAUGUUGAAAGAGACUCUAAACACAAAUGUAGUGACGAAUGGUCUAAAAUUGAAGCAUAUAUAAUUGACAAAAUAAAAGAGAAUCCCGAACACUCAUGUAACAGAACUUCUAGUAAUGACACAAAAAAAAAAGAGAAAAACGGGAAAAAAAGCAAAAGUGGUGAAUAUUUAAGUCAUAAUCAAUCGAGUAUAAGUAAUAACAGUGAGAAGACUGAAGCUUUUUCAAUUUCUAACAAUUUAAAUACUACUACCCUCAAAUCUAUAAUAUCUGCAACUACAAGCAUAGAUACAAAAAACCCCAAGCCCCUGCCCUUAAGUGCAUCUAAACCUACACUCUCAUCUUCACUAGAUAUUUCACCCAUAUCUACAAAUGUAAUUCAACAAAAAGCUGUAUCAUCACCUCCAAAUGUAUCUAUAUCUACAUCAGCUCCUGUAAAUGUAUCUAUGUCUACAUUGGCACCUGCAUAUGCACCUACUACUAUCAUUCCUACUUCAAAUGUUUCUAUUUUGUCUAAUCAUAAUAAUAGCUCUAAUAUAACUGUAGGUUACACAAAUAAUAAUACGUUAAAUAAUACAAAUGUAAUUUCAUCUACUAUGUCUUUACCUGUUGAAAAUAUAGAUCAUAAACAUAUAUCCCCAACUAAUUCUGUCACAAUUAAGCCUACAAAAAUUACGCCUACUAUUAUAACUACAGAUAAUAAUAUUCCUCUUUUAAUCGGAUUCGGAUCAUUUCUUGGAAUUCUUAUCUUUUUGAUCUUUUUAUAUAAAUGUACUCCCAUCGGAUCAUGGUUUGGUAACCGAAGAUCAAAGAAAAAAAAAAAACAUAAAAAAAGGAAAAAUGCACAAAUAUAUAGGGCAUCAAGAUCUCUAGGAUUUCCCUACAAAAAAUUAGAAAGUAAUAUGAAAAACUUUGGAACAUGUAAUAAGACAAAUAAUUUUAUAUGUGAAAUUACAUUAGAAAAAGAAACUAAUGUAAAUGAAAGAUAUAUCCAAAAAGAACCUAAGGAAAAUGAACAUAAAGAAAAAAUAGAAAAUGUAAAACAAAGUGAAAGAUAUGACCAAAAAGAACUUAAAGAAAAUGAACAUAAAGGAAAAGUAGAAAAUAUAGAACAAAAGGAAGUAUAUGAAAGGGGAAAAUCCAAAGAAAUUGAACACAAAGAAAAAAUAGAAAAAAUAGUACAAAAUGAAAUAUUUGGAAAAGAAGAAUCUAGAGAAAAUGAACAUAAAGGAAAAAUAGAAAAUGUAGAACAAAAUGAAAGAUAUGGAGAAGAAAAAUCUAAAAAAAAUGAACAUAAAGAAAAAAUAGAAAGAAAAGAAAAUAUAGAAGAACAAAAUGAAAUAUAUAAUAAAAGAGAACAAAAAAAAAGUGAACAUAAAGGAAAAAGUGAAAAAAAAGAAGUAGGACAAAAUGAAAGAUAUGACCAAAAAGAACUUAAAGAAAAUGAACAUAAAGGAAAAGUAGAAAAUAUAGAACAAAAGGAAGUAUAUGGAAGAGGAGAAUCCAAAAAAAUUGAACAUAAAGAAAAAAUAGAAAAAAUAGAAAAAAUAGUACAAAAUGAAAUAUUUGGAAAAGAAGAAUCUAGAGAAAAUGAACAUAAAGAAAAAAUAGAAAAUGUAGAACAAAAUGAAAGAUAUGGAGAAGAAAAAUCUAAAAAAAAUGAACAUAAGGAAAAAAUAGAAAGAAAAGAAAAUAUAGAAGAACAAAAUGAAAUAUAUGACCAAGAAGAAUCUAGAGAAAAUGAACAUAAAGGAAAAAUAGAAAAUGUAGAACAAAAUGAAAUAUAUGGCCAAGAAGAAUCUAAAAAAAAAGAACAUAAAGAAAAAAUAAAAAGAAAAGAAAAAGUAGAAGAACAAAAUAAAAUAUAUGAUAAAAGAGAACAAAAAAAAAGUGAACAUAAAGGAAAAAGUGAAAAAAAAGAAGUAGAACAAAAUGAAAUAUAUGAUCAAGAAGAAUCCAAAAAAAUUGGACAUGAGAGAAAAAGUGAAAAAAAAGUAGAACAAAAUGAAAGAUAUGACAAAGGAGAAUCCCAAAAAAUUGGACAUAAAGAAGAAAUAGAAAAAAUAGUACAAAAUGAAAUAUUUGAAAAAGAAGAACCUAAAGAAAAUGAGCAUAAAGGAAAAAUAGAAAAUGUAGAACAAAAUGAAAGAUAUAGAAAAAAAGAAUCCAAAAAAAUUGAACAUAAAGAAAAAAUAAAAAGAAAAGAAAAAGUAGAACAAAAUAAAAUAUAUUACAAAGAAGAUUCUAGUGAAAAUGAAAACAAAAAAAAAAGUGAAAAAAUAGAACAAAAUGAAAUAAAUAUAGAAGCAAAGAGCAAUAUUGUAGGAACAAGAAAACUAUGGAAGUGGAAGACUAUAAUUGAAAUACAUAUGAUAAUAUUAGAGGAGUGUCAAAAAGAAGAUUGGGAAUUAAAUAGAAGAGAAUUUCUAAAAAUUUGCUUAGAAGAAUUCAAAGAAGGUAUAUAUCUGAAUACAAUUAACAGUGACGUGAUAGUGGAAACAGAUCAAGAAGAAAUUACUAGUAUUUUUUUGGAAGAAAAGCCUUUAUGGAAAAUAUGGACAGAACACAAUGAUAAGUUGAUAGAGAAAUGGAAAAAGGAACCAUGGUUUAAAAAUUUGAAGAAAGAAUGGAAAAAAGAGAUAAAUAAAUCUGUAGAAUUAAUAGAAAAAGAAGAGAUGAUAGAAAGCACAAAAAAUGGGACAAUUAACCCUAUGCUAGAGAGACAAAAAAUAAUAUGGAAGAGAUGGAUACAAAAGCAAAAUAAGUUGCAUACUUUUGAUUACGAAGAAUUGUUAAAACAAUUGUUAGUAGAAUAUGAAAAAGAAAAAGAAAUGAAAAAAAAUAUGGAAACAAUAAAUAGAGAAAAAAUAAGAAUGGAUAUAGAGAAGAAAGAUACAGAAUCUAAGGGUUCAAACAGAAAUAAAUUGAUAUCAAGAUUAAGGAUAGAAAUACAUAUGAUAGUAUUAGACGAAUGCAAAAAAGAGGAGUGGAUAUUGAACAAAAAAGAAUUUCUAAAAACAUGCAUAGAAGAAUUAAAAUUACAGGAUAAUUCAAAUGAAAAAGAACUUUUAGAAAUGGAAAAAGAAAUAAUGAAAAACAUUACAUUAAAAAAAAAAAAAGAGGAAUUAGAGAAAUUUAAAAAAGAAAAAUGUUUUAUUGAAUUGAAGCAAGAAUGGAUGAAUAAUGAAAAGAAAUAUAUGGAAGAAGUGAAUAAAGAAAACUUAUUAGGAGUUAAUGAAGAAAUAAUUGAAAAUCCCAUGUUACAAAAGCAAAGGAUUAUAUGGAAAAAACAUUGGGAAGAAAUGCGUAAAAAGUUAAAGAAUGAAAAUAAAAAUAAAUCCUUUAUAAUGUUCAUGGACGAGUACAAUAAAGGAGCCAUUAGAAAAGAAACAGAUGAAAUUAAUGUAGUAGAAAAAAAUAUAAAAGAAAAUGAGAUUGAAAAGGGAAGAGAACAAAUAAAAUAUCUACAAGAAGAGAAAAAAGAGGAACUAAAUAGAAAAGAUGAAAAGGAAAGAAAAAAAAAAGAAAAAAAGAUAAAACAUAUGCAAGAACAGAUUGAAAAUGUAAAGAGAAAUAACAAUUGUAUGACAUUGAGAAAAAAGCUGAAGUGGAAAACUAUGAUAGAAAUACAUAUGCUAUUAAUAGAGGACUGUAAACAAGAAGUGUGGGGGUUAUAUAGAGGAGAAUUUUUAGAAAUUUGCUUGAAUGAGUGGUUAAAAAAUGAGAGACCAAUUGAAGAUGUAAUAGACAAAGAAAUCAUAAUGGAAGGAGAAGAAGAAAGCAGUAAUGUAGCAUUGGAAAAACAAAAGAUAUUGUCGGAAAAAUGGAUAAAAAGACAAAAAAUAAUAUUGGAAGAAUGGAAAAAAGAGGAAGAAAUAUGUAUAAGAACAAUAAAUAAAGUAGAAGUCAUGGAUAAAGCAGAUGAAAUAGAAAGAGAAAAAGAAUUAUGGAAACAAUGGAUUGAGAAACAAAGAGAAAUAUUUAUGAGAUAUGACAAGGAAAUAUGGUUUAAUAAGUUGCUGGAGGAAUGUGGCAAGGAAGAAAAUCAAUCCGCAAUAAAAGAAAACAAAGAGAACAUAGAAGAAAAAAAAAAAAAUUCAAAGAAGAAAAGAGAAGUAAUAAUAAAGGAGGAAGAAAAUAAGAAAACAAAGAAUAAAUCGUUAAUAUCUCAUGUGUGCAUAGAGAUACGUAUGGAAGUAUUAGAUCAGUGUAAGAAAGAAGAAUUAAAGUCCAUGAAACAUAAUUUUCUUAGAUCCUAUAUAGAACAAGAUAAAGAAAAUGAAAGAUUAUAUGAACAAGAAAUGGGAAAUAAAGAAUUGGAUGAAAUAGAAAAAGAUAGACAAAUGAAUUUUAUUAUAGAAAAGAAGAUAAAACAAUGUGAGUGUUGGAAAAAAGAGGAUUGGUAUCAAGAAUUGAAGUUGGAUUGGAAAGAGGAAAUGAAGCAUAUGACAAAAACAACGAAUAAAAUAAAAGAAGAAAUAACAAGCCCUAUUCUAAAAACGCAAAUGGUUCAGAAAAAGUGUCAAGAAAAGCAAAAAAAUAUUUUAAAGAAAUGGAGUAUACAAAAUAAACUAGAAAUGCCAAUGAAAAAGGAUAAAAAUGAAGAAGAAAUAGAGAUGAAAAUGAUUAAGAUGAUUUAA